AUGCGCUUCAGAGCCAACAUCGAGAACGUCCCCAUCUUCUACCGCACCAUCCAAGCAGUCGAGAAGCUCCAGAAGAAAUGCAUCAUCAAGUUCACCGAGACGGAGAUGCACAUCAUCUGCAACGACGACGCCAACGAGGGCGGCAUCCAGGUCUGGUCCGUAGUCAAAGUCGACUCCAUCUUCGCCUCCUACCGCAUCCAGUCCAACGCCAACAACCAGAUCACCAUGAUCCUCGCCACCGACGCCCUCCUCCAGGCCCUCCGCUCCUCCUCCACCUCCGCCGCCACGAGCUCCGUCGCAGCAGCCGUCCUGCCGACGUACGACUCGGACGAGGUCGUGAUGAAGCUCGCCAAGAAGCACGACCAGGCCGUGCUCGCGUUCGAGAUGCUCGGCAUAUCGCGCACGGGCCGCAAGAUCCGCGUCGCGCACGACGUGCGGGUGGACGUGAUGAGGCCGUCAGACGUCGACCGGCUGAGGGAGCCGCUGUGUCCUGAGCCUGAUGUCCAUAUCCUCCUCCCGAAUCUCCAAAAACUGCGCACGAUCGUCGAGCGCAUCCGCCCACUCUCGGACAUCAUCGCCAUCCGGGCGAACAACAGCGGCAAGCUGCAGGUCUCCAUCGACACCGACACCGUCAAGCUCGAGACGCAGUGGACCGGGUGUGCGAACCCGCCAAUGGCCCGCGAUGAACUCACCCAAGACGCCGAGGACCCCGCCCACGAACACGACCCAGACGAGCUCUUCUCCGUACACGUCUCCAUCCGCAGCUUCCUCAAGUUCCUCAACAGCCACGUCGUCUCCACGACCACCAUCGCCUGCGUAUGCCAGAACCACUGCGCGAUCCUCUACGUCUACAUCGGCGAGGUCGCCGACGCCGGAGGCGUGCUCACGUACUACAUCCCGACCGUCAUCGACGGGGACGAGUAGCGUCGUGGUUGCGCACCGCUUACCCAGCCUUAGGUAAUAGAUUCCUUGGACCCGCUUCUCCACGCCCCCAAGGCCGACCGAUACUCGGACUACGGCCAAUCUUGACCUCGCAUCUUGACGGAAGCUCCAGCAAGACUCCUUGGCGCGCUUCUGGGACAACACCAGGGCCCUCCGAGCGCUGACGAGGGAGGAAGAGUUUCUUGUGCCAGUUGAAACCCCGUUUGUUGGAUACGAUGGCGAUGUGCAGGUUUUGUCUGGAUAUAUGCCCCCAUGCAAGCGGAACAAGCGAGACAGAGCAGGGAGGGUAUCAUCACUCCCAUCACUUAGCUCCCUCACAAGCGCAAACGCAAAGCGAAAUAGCAAUACCGAAACCAUGUCCCAUACCACAUCUACUAACAAACCGCCAUAUACCAAAAAACCACAAUUUUUGCCCCACUCCCCUCCCGUCACCUCCGCCCGCACCCACGUCCACACCCAAAAGAAAACCAACCCUACACGCUAGAGCCACGCCUCCGCACACACCUUAUCCGGCCUCCGACUAUUCCUCCCCCGACAGUCCCGCUUCCCGCAGUCCUGGCACGCGUUCAAGCAAAACGUCCGCCCGCCCUUGCCUUUACACUCCUGCGAGCCGCACUUGCAGCAGUGCCGUUGCCUUUUCUGCGCGGGCUCCAGAAUCGCCACUUCCGUCGUCGGCCCGCCUGCACCAGCACCAGCACCAGCACCAGCACCUGUACCACCAGCACCGACGGCGUUGCCCGGGUGAAGAAGAGAGCGCGGAGGCGGGUACGGCGGUGGAUGCGCGUGCGCGUGUUGAGGAGACAUGACGUGUGCAUGCUCGACACCAGUCAUCGCCGUCGCUCCAGCAGGCGAAGCCGAAGAGGACGACGGCGCAUCAAGUCCGAACCCAAACGGCCUUUUGAGCGGCGUUACAGCCGAAACCUGCUGCUGCUGCUGCUGCUGCUGCUGGUGCGGAUGCGAAUGCGCAUGCUGCUCCCCAAGCGUCGGCGACGGCACCGCACCCGUGCCCUGCUGCGAAUGGGACUGGUUUUGGGGCUGGGAUGGAUGAGGCGACGCCAUAUGAUGCGGCUGCAGCGGCGAUGUAAAGUACGCAUAGGUAGGACCCGGAGGAGGAGGAGGGACAGGUGUACCGGGGUACGAGAAGACAAAGCCAUUCCCAGGCUGUCCAAACGCAUACUGCAUGCCUCCCGGUGCGGGGUGAGGCGACUGGGCAGGAGCAGGGACGCCCGCAGACGCAGGGGCCGGGGUAGACGAUCCGUCGUGGGGCUGAGGGGUAGAAGUUUGGCCAGGGACAGGGGUGGACGCGGAUGUGGGGAGAUGAGGGGAGAGCGACUGGUGUGGAUUUUGAUUUUGAUGCUGAUUGUUGUGAUUGUGGUUGUGGUUAUUACUUUGAUU